UUUUCAAGUUUGGACUUACUUUUAAAGAAUGCAGGCUGUAAGACAUGUUGUUUGUGCGAUGUCAGGCGGAGUUGACAGUUCAGUGGCGGCACUGCUACUUAAACGAAGAGGAUACCAGGUAACAGGAGUGUUUAUGAAAAACUGGGACUCUUUGGAUGAACACGGUUUGUGCACGACUGACAAGGACUAUGAAGAUGCAUUCAAAGUGUGUUGUAAAUUGGAUAUCCCCUUUCACCAAGUUUCCUAUGUUAAGGAGUACUGGCUUGAAGUUUUUAGCAACAUGUUAAAUGAAUAUCACAGAGGAAGGACUCCGAAUCCAGACAUUCUGUGUAACAAACAUAUCAAGUUCAACCAUCUUUAUCAUUAUGCUAUUGGCACACUGGGAGCAGAUGCAUUGGCUACAGGUCAUUAUGCAAGAACAUCUCAAGAAGAUGAGGAGGUUUUCCUGCAACACUAUACCCAGCAACCACGUGGACUAUUCAGGAAUAGAUUUGAAGUUAGAAAUGCUGUUAAACUUCUUCAGGGAGCCGACUGUCUUAAGGACCAGACGUUUUUUCUAAGUCAGAUACCUCAGGAUGCCCUGAAGAAAACACUAUUCCCACUCGGAGAACUGACAAAAGAUUAUGUGAAGAAGAUUGCAGCUGAAGCAGGCUUCCAUCAUGUACUGAAGAGAAAAGAGAGCAUGGGUAUAUGUUUUAUUGGAGAAAGAAAUUUUGAAAAAUUUAUUCUUGAGUAUUUAGAACCUCAGCCUGGGAAUUUAGUUUCUAUUGAAGAUGGACGAAUUAUGGGAACACACAAAGGUUGGUUUUUAUUCACUCUGGGCCAAAGGGCGAGAAUAGGAGGCCAGCGAGAUGCCUGGUUUGUUGUUGAUAAAGAUAUAACGACAGGAGAUGUUUUUGUGGCACCAUCUACAAAUCAUGGAGCUCUGUUCAGAGACACAAUACGCACAGAUCGUGUCCACUGGAUCACAGAAGAACCUCCAGCAGAACUUGUACAGAAUGGUAUGAUGGAGUGCUAUUUCCGUUUCCAGCAUCAGAUGCCCCUUGUAUCGUGCACUUUAACUUUAAACCAAGAUGGCUCUGUUUGGGUGAGACUUGCCACACCAGUUAGAGCGCCAACACCAGGACAGUUUGCAGUGUUCUACAAGAGUGAUGAAUGCCUUGGCAGUGGGAAAAUUGUACGACUGGGUCCCUCAAUGUACACCUUGCAGCAAGGAAACCAGCAAAACCUGGCAACCAGUGUAUCAGCUGAGACUGAAUACAACUUAAAACCAACAACUUGAUGCAGCUAGUGGUCAAAACUUAAAGUAAUGUGGCUUGUAAUUAACUUAUAAAGUCUUGCCAAAAAGUCAUAGCAGUUACACUUAUUUAUCUGUUGGCCAGUGUGUAACAUCUGAUAGAAAUGUGAAAUUUAAAUUAUGUGACAUUUACAUUUAUUUAUUACAAUGCUUGAGUCCCAGCAGUUAACUGAGUUAAACACAGUAAAAGAACAAUCUAGACUGAUAAUAAUAAAUAAACAAGCAAAACUGUGAUGAUUAAAAUGCAGUCAAAAUUAUGGUUA